CUUUGGGUUGGAUUGAUGGUUCCAGUCAUGCUAUGUCCUGAAUAGUGGUGGUGAGUUUCUGUGGCUAACACUAUUUUCAGAUAGACCCUCUCUCUUUGCCCAGUCCAGGAACUUUCAGUCCUGUCAAUCUCCCCACACCCAUGAACCCCUAUCUCCCUAGCCUUGGAAAUCUUCUGAUGCUCAGAGCUUCUGAUAAUCUGGGAAGCCUCUGGACCCAGGGACAGCUCCUAUGAAUCCAGGACCAACCUUGACCCUGUGAUUCCCUGGAUCCCACCAACAACCUUGACCUUUCCUGCUGCCAUGGGUCUUUUGUCCCCCAUAUUCUUCACUACCUAGGUCUGGGGUCGAGGUGGGAAGAUAGAUUAUGUUUGGGGUAUGAGGCAGUGUAGGGGAAUCAAAGCUCUAUGUCCCAGGAGGAGGCAUGGAUGGACUGCUCCUACUUACUCUACCCCCAAUUCUGCUUCAUUCAGUGGAACAGACAGUGCUGACGGAGUCAGGGGGAGGCCUCCACAAAACUGGAAAGACCCUGAACCUCAAAUGCCAAACCUCUGGUUUCCAGUUCAAGACAAGCAAACUUGGCUGCUACUUUUGGGACCCUGGCCAUGCCCCACUGUGGUUGGCCAGUCUCGACAGUAGUUCUACAGAUGCUACUGAAGACCGAAUCACUGCCUCCAGGAAGGACACUGGCAGCUGGAUUUUCCUAAAGAUUGAGGGCCUGGGCCUCAGAGAUUCUGGCCAAUACCACUGUGCAAGGGGGGUGGUCAAUGGAGAUGACACAGACAAAUUGGUCUUUGGUAGUGGUAUAGAUGUGACUGUGGAGCCUGGACCUCGAGCUCCCCUGUCACCCAGUGUGUUCUUGGUGAGAGGUCAGAAUGCUGUGGCCUGCCUGAUCAGGAACUUCUACCCCAAGGAACUCCAUGUGUCCCUGGACUCCCCUGUGCCUUUGCUCUCAGCCCAGGCUCUUACUCUGGUUCCCAUGGCCAAUGGCACCUACAGUGCUGUCCAGAUUGGCAGGGUUGGUGAGAAUGAUACAGUAACCUGCUCAGUGAAGCACCUUGGGAAAGAGAUACAUGUAUCUUACAAGCCAGAUCAUACUGGAUCAGACCCUGGGAUUGCCCCUGAGCAGGAUCUCAUAGGAGGACCUGAGCAAGGGAACAAGCUACUCCUCAGUGUGAUGGGACUGAGACUGCUAUUUGUGAAGACUGUGGCCAUCAAUGUCCUCUUCACCACCACGGCCUUGAUCUUCUGAGGAAGAACUUGAGGAAGGUCUAAGAAGUUGCCAUUUGGAUUCUGAAUCUCUCUGAGGACCCCAGAAUGACUUCUGGAUAAACUCAAGAUAACUCCAGAAUGACCCAAGGACCCAUAAUUAUUCCAGUUACAUUCAAUUUCCUUUAAAUUGCAGACUCUUCAUUCCUGGUCUAUAUUCCCCAUGAUAUGGUAUUCCUCAUUUCCUUAGUCCUACAAUAAAGACAAGAAAGCCUCG